AUGCCUGGGACGAUCGCAGAGGAUAGGAAGGAGCUAUUCGCGUCGGCAGUGAGCUUUCUGGGCGAGCCGAGCGUGCAGACUGCGCCGCUGACGAAGAAGGUGGAGUUUCUCCAGACCAAGGGCUUGACCGAGGACGAAAUCCAGCUAGCUCUGGAACAGGCGGGCAAGGCAGACACACAGGGGAGGCAUGAGGUGGUGCAGAGCGCGGGUGUCGGCGCGGGUGCGGUCAUGCAGGACGUAGUGUACGAGACGGUGCCGCCGCCGCUUCCCCGCAGGGACUGGAAGGACUAUUUCGUGAUGGCCACGGCGACGGCGGGCCUGUGCUACGGGCUGUACGAGGUAACACGGCGGUACGUGGUUCCGCAGCUGCUGCCGGAGUCGCGCAGCCGGCUGGAGCAGGACAAGCGGCAGAUCGAGGACCACUUCGAGAAGGUCGACCGCCUGCUGGAAAAGCUGGAGCAGGAGCAGGACGAGUUCCGCGACCAGCAGGUGGAGAAGCUCAAGGAGCUGGACGCGACAAUCAUCAAGCUCCAGGGCGCGCUGGAGGAGACCACCAAGACGCGCAACAAUAUCAACUUCGAGUUCCGCGACCUCAAGCUGCAGGUCACGGAGAUGGCCAAGAAGCUCGACGAGUUCCGGCAGGCGCGCGACCACAACAGCCAGCUGACCGCGCUGCAGUCCGACAUGGAGUCGCUCAAGCGCCUGAUCAAGAACAGCACGCUGUUGAGUUCGCCGGCCCCGGGCGCGGGCUCCGCGCCGCCUGCGGUCCCGCUAGCCGCCUCCAUUCCGUCUGCCUCCGAAAUCCUCGCCAAGAUGAAGUCCAAUACUCGCUCAGAGGAUGGCGAGGCCAUGCCGAGCUGGAAAAUCGGCCGCAAGGACCUCAGCGCCGCCAGCAUCCCAGACUGGCAGAAGACAGCGCUGUCCUCGCGCGAGCAGUCCCCCGAAGAUUCCCUGGCGAACGGCCUGUCCCACAAGCUUUCGCUGGACAACCUCUCCGGUCCUGAGUAA